ACUCCAAAGCUUCGCAAAUUCUUUCUCUUUUACUCACACAAACAUUUGAAUACGUGAAAGUGAAAUAGGGCACUGAUUGUAUAGUUAUGUUUACAUACAUUGUUUUGUAAUCCUACCAAAUUGCAAAGUAGGAUUUUUGACAACCAAGAGAUUUUAUCUCUUUCUUUCAAACCAUAUCUGUAUAGGAAAGACGAGCACAGAUACAGUAAUGAGUGUAAUGACAUCAAUCCGAAAUUUGUAAAAUUAAUCUUUGUCGGCGAGAGAAAUGACAGACAAUAAUUCUAUGAAUUUUCUUUUAUAUUUCUUAACUAGCCUUCUUAUUAGAGAAAAUAACUCUUAAAUCCUGUUCUUGAAUAUGUAAUGCCCAAGUUUUUACUGGAAUUGUUUACGAAAAUGUGUUUUUUACCCCGUAAAUCAUGAUGUCAAAAUCUCCUUGUAUGUCUACAUUCUUGAUGAAAUUUAACUUAUUUCUUGGAUUUAAUACGUUAAAUACGCUAAAAAAAUGAGGUGUUGUGUGCCGAACUGUAAGAAUGAUUCGCGGCAUAUUUCUAAAUCGCAGGGAAUUACGUUUCAUGUGUUCCCAAACGAGACAUCGCUUAGAACAUCAUGGCUCAAGGCCCUUGGAAAAGAAACUUGGGAACCGAAGGAGCGUAGUGCGAUAUGUUCCGAGCAUUUCUUAUGUGAAGACUUGUAUGAGACUAGAAGCGGACUUCGAAAGGUCAAGGUUGGAGCCGUUCCGUUGAUAGUACAGGAUACUGCAGUUUGUGACUAUGGUGAACCGGCAAGUCUGAAGGUUUGCCGAAUUUGCUUGGUAAUGGACACUAAAUUAAUACCGAUAAGAAUAUAUAAACUGCAGCAGGCUUAUGAAAAUCUUACAGGAAUAAUGUUAAAUGAAGAAGACAAAUUGCCCCAGAAGCUUUGCGUCGAGUGUGUCCAGAGACUACAGAAUUGUAGCCGUUUCAGACACAAAUGUCUGAGAGCGAAUUCUCUGAUGCUAGAAGUUAUAAAGAAACAGGAUUGUCUCACCUUACAAAAUAUAAAAACAAUCAACCGAGAAAACAAUUUACUAUCUUCAACGUUAUCUAUAAAACAUUUUGAACCCAACCAUUGUGACGCAACCAUAUCAUCAACGCAAGAUAAUUACGACCUAGAAAUCAAACAAGAAAACCAAAUAUUCUUCACCGAAGAAGAAGAGGAAAAGACCGAUGUAGAGAAGAAUCUUCCCAUCGAAGAAGAAUUACAAAAGGACCCUCGAAUAGAAGAAUACUUAUCAGAGAAAGAUAAUUUUUCAUCAGACGACAGUCUACCUUUAGAAACAUGUAAAGCGAAGAAGAUAAAAAAGAGGAAAGUUAAAGAGAAGAAACCAAUUAAAAGAUUGAAGAAGAAAGAUCAGUCGGAACCGAAAAUUGACAGGAGAAGGAAGCCAUUUUUGAAUGAUGAUCUUAAUGAAACCUUGUUUACCAUAACUGAUCUUUCAGUUGAAGAACAAAUUGCUGAAAUAGUGAAAAGACAGGACAGUUCAAAUUAUAAAAAUGCAGUUUUUAAAUGUACAGAGUGUUUUAAAGGUUUUUUGGACGAAGAUGCCUAUAACAGUCAUAUGACACGGCAUACAAAUCAAUGCGGUGAUCAUGAAUGCGAGAUAUGCAAGACACACUUUAAGCACCCACAUGCGUUACGGAAGCAUAUAACUGCACAUCAUACACAGAGGUUCAGUUGUAAACAAUGUACUUACGUGACGACACACAGACAGACAGCGCGACUGCACGAGCGAUGGCAUAAAGGCACUAAGUACAGAUGUCCGCAUUGUCAAGAUGAAUUCGUUAAAUUCACAACAUACAUGGGUCAUAUACGCAUAAAGCAUCCAUCGGACUUCGUGUGCGAGCUGUGUGGGUACUCCUUCGUGAGUGCGAAAGGGAUAGAGCUACAUAAGAAACUGAAACACAGACUCGAUAAUGUACAGAUUCCCGACGACGGCCCUCUAUGUGAGCUGUGCAAUGUAAGAUUUGUGUCAAACGAAGCACAUAGGAGACAUUUGAGUGUUUCAGCGAGACAUAAUACAGGUACAGACAAAGACUCAAGGGAAUCGAACAAGCCCAAGAAGGGGAGGAAGACGAAAGAAUCGAAAGAGUUAGAGAGAAGAGCGAGAGAGAAGGAACAAGAAGACGAAGACAGCGAUAAGAGAAGAUUAUAUCCAAGUCAGAUGCGGAAAGCAGAGGGGCCUAUACCGUGUGAACAGUGUGGACUACAACUAGAAGACUCUAGGGCCUAUCAUGGUCAUUUCCGUCGUAUGCAUCCGGAUAAGAAUCGAACCAACUACCCAUCGAUGAAGUCGCCGUGCAUGUGUGAGGUCUGCGGCAGAAUGUUCCAGAGCUACGCCCUCCUAAAAGACCAUACGUGGGUCCAUACUGGGGAAAGACCAUUUAAAUGUGACUCGUGCGGCAAAUCGUUCAGGAUGAAACAACGCCUGGUCGCUCACAGACGGGUCCACAGCCAAACUAGAGCCAGCUAUGUGUGUGCACUCUGCGGAAAACACUUCUCAACACACAGCAACAGACAACGGCAUAUGUUUAUACACACUGGUCUCAAACCGUUCAAAUGUGAGAUGUGUGGUAAAGGAUUCAAGCAUGCGAGCGAGAAGAGGGCUCAUAUAACCUACGUGCACUUGAAGAAGCCAUGGCCGAAGCGGGCGAGGGGCAAGCGACGCCCGGAGACUAGACAGGGCCCCUUGCCCCCACAGGGGGGUAACGACAUGGACGUAGCCCCGCAAAUGUGGCCACCCUGUGACCCCAAACUGUCCGAUAUGUCUAUGAUUGAAGAUAAACCAGUGUAUUAUAAUCUGAAGAUUUAAAUAGGUAUGAUGGUGAGAAAAGUAAAAAUCCGUUGUUUGUAGAGUUGUUUUUGAGAAAGCAGCCAAAUUUCAACAGUACGACCUAAAAAUAUAAAUAUCCCACUAAUAUUAUAAAUGCGAUCCGAUGUCUGUCAACACAUGACCCUCACAACUCUCACACAGGUCGCUCGUCACUCGUCACUCAACAAUUAGAAUUAGUUUCGACCAGUACCGUGAGCCGGAAACACUUCCGCGUUAACGUUGACCUUGAGACCCCGCUUCCUCCACCUCAGAUAGUUGACAGAAUUGUUUCGGUGUAUUACACUGAGUAUUAGGUGUCUAGAGGUUGUAUGAUCCGUCGGAAUCAUGAUUAAAUAUUCCUUUUACACAGUUUUAUUUAAAAAGAUGAGAUUUUUAAGAUGUAAGACUUACAUAUUUUGAAGGUUCCAUAAUCAAUGGUUAAAAAGUUACCCUAUCACGUAAAUUUGUUUGUCUGACUAAAUAGGGAUGAUGACAA